AUGUCAGCCUCAGAAAUAAUCUUAAAUGUUGUUAACAAUAACAAGCGAGAAACUCCAAUAGAUGGUACUCCAAUUAGUUUUACGAAUCUUUAUUGUGAUGCUUGGAAUAGUAUUCCUCAAAAACGACCUACCAUUUCUGAUAUCCGCAAAAGGUUAGAAGGUAUGGAGCCUGUUUACGAUAAUUAUCAAAAUUUUAAGAAUGAUGGUGGCUCUAUUUUAGAUUUGACUUCAAUAG